AGGAAGAGAAGAAGAACUGCAGCUUUCCAGCCUCCGCUGUGAUGAUCCUUUAAAGACCCCGGACGGUAUUCUGGGCGCAUUUCCGUCACUGCGCGCGCUCAAACCCUGCGGCUUUCUAAUACAGCGCCUGCAGUGCGCGCGCUGCUCUCAGUCCUCAGGUCAGGUUUGUGAAGAAAUGCAGAUGGAGGCUGAUGGAAGAACAUCGAGCUCAGUGGGACACGUCACCACGGUGGACCAACAGAACGGAGAAUUCUGGAAGCAGCCGCUGAAAGAGGAAGAAAGUGACGAAGAUAAAACUGAAGGUUACGUCUAUGGAGGAACUUCGAGCUCUGUGGAGGAAGGUGAAGACCAGCGGAACGGAGAAUUCCACAUCCUUAUAAAGGAAGAAACAAAACACGACGACUUUCUCUAUUGUGAGGAUUGCAGAUCUUUCUUCAUCAACAAGUGUGAGGUUCACGGUCCGGCUCUCUUCAUCCCUGAUGUUCUGGUUCCGCUGGGGGCCGCUGACCGAGCCAGACAAACCCUUCCUCCGGGUCUCGAGAUUCGGAAGUCUGGUAUUCCCAAUGCAGGCCUGGGAGUGUUUAACAACAGUGGCACGAUUCCAGUCGGUGCUCACUUCGGGCCCUACCAGGGAGACACGGUAGAGCGAGAGGAAGCCAUGAACAGCGCCUACUCCUGGGUGAUAUACAAGAGUGAGCAGUGUGAAAAAUACAUUGAUGCCACAUCAGAGAUGCAUUCAAACUGGAUGAGGUAUGUGAAUUGCGCUCCUAAUGAUGAAGAGCAGAAUCUGGUGGCGUUUCAGUACCGAGGUGGGAUUCUGUACCGCUGCUGUCGACCCAUUGAGCCAGGACAGGAGCUGUUGCUGUGGUACGAAGAGGAGUUCACUAAAGAGCUCAGCAUCACCUUCAACUACAUCUGGAACAGAAAGUGCUCCGUGAAUGGAAUGAACACCGUCCUUCAAGUCUUCUCCUGCUCCUCAUGUCCUCUUUCUUACACAUCCAAAAUUUAUCUCCACAAACACAUCAAGAGAUGCCACCAUGAGGAAUACGUCCGUCUCCUGAAAUCAGGAGAGAUUAAAUACGAGAGCCUCGUGCCCUCAAAAAGCUCCACUCAGUCCACAGCGGUGUCCUUCGAGAGUCUCGGCGCCAACGCGUCUCACGCACAAACGCAGAAAGAUUCGCUCCAGUGCUCGGAAUGCGGGAAGGUUUUUAUCCAGCGUAAACAUCUCAAAGUGCACCAGCGUGUUCACACGGGUGAGAAGCCGUAUCAGUGCUCGCAGUGUGGGAAGAGUUUCACGCAGCAGAGCAGCCUCCAGCUGCACCAGCGCCUCCACACGCGACAGAACCUGUGUCAGUGCUCGCAGUGUGGGAAGAGUUUCACUCAGCAGAUCCAUCUCCAGGCGCACCAGCGCAUUCACACAGGAGAGAAACCGUAUCAGUGCUCGCAGUGCGGGAAGAGCUUUAGCGAGAAAGGAAGUCUCCGCCGACACCAGAACAUUCACACUGGCGAGAAACCGUAUCACUGCUUACAGUGUGGGAAGAGUUUCAGUGAAUUAGGAACGCUCACGCGACACCAGCGCGUUCACACAGGAGAGAAACCGUACCAGUGCUCACACUGCGGGAAGAGUUUCAGUGAAAGAGGAAAUCUCAGAACACACCAGCGCAUUCACACGGAGGAGAAGCUGUAUCACUGUGUGCACUGUGGGAGGAGUUUUACUCACCACAGCACUCUCCAACAGCACCAGCGCAUUCACACUGGAGAGAAACCAUACUACUGCUCCGUAUGCGGAAAAAGUUUUACCCAGCAGGGCAACUUCCAAAAACACCAGCGCAUUCACACGGGAGAGAAACCGUACCACUGCUUACAGUGUGGGAGGAGUUUUAUUCAAGAGAACCACCUUCAGUUCCACCAGCGUGUUCACACCGGAGCCCAGCCGUUCCACUUCUCAGAGCAUGGGAUGGGCUUCAGUGCUUUCCAACACUUGGUGAUCAGCUUUGUGAGGAUGCAGACGGAGGUGUGCAGCACUUCUGAUGGAAGAACAUCGAGCUCAGUGGGACACGGCACCCCUGUGGACCAGCAGAAUGGAGAAAUCUGGAAAAAACCUCUGAAAGAGGAAGAAACUGAUGAAGAUGAAGAGUUCAUCUAUGGUGGAACAUCGAGCUCUCUGGAAGACCUCACCCCUGAGGACCAGCAGAACCUCGGAUUACAGAUCAUUCUCAAAGAAGAGGAACCUGAACAUGACGACUACCUGUAUUGUGAAGAUUGCAAAUCUUACUUUGUGAAUAAAUGUGAUGUUCACGGUCCGGCUCUCUUCAUCCCUGACGUUGCGGUUCCGUUGGGGGUUGCUGACCGAGCCAGACAAACCCUUCCUCCGGGUCUUGAGAUUCGGAAGUCCAGUAUUCCUGACGCAGGCCUGGGAGUGUUUAACAACAGUGACACGAUUCCAGUUGGUGCUCACUUCGGGCCCUACCAGGGAGACGCGGUAGAGCGAGAGGAAGCCAUGAACAGCGCCUACUCCUGGGUGGUGUACCAAAGUGAGCAGUGUGAGAAAUACAUUGAUGCCACAUCAGAGAUGAAUUCGAACUGGAUGAGGUACGUGAAUUGUGCUCGUAAUGAGAGAGAGCAGAAUCUGGUGGCGUUCCAGUAUCAGGGUGGGAUUGUGUACCGUUGCAGUCAACCAAUCGAACCAGGACAGGAGCUCUUGAUGUGGUACGAAGAGGAUUACGCCAAAGACGUCACGUUUGAUUACCUUUGGAACAAAAAGUGCUCCGAAAACAAUAUGAACUACACCUUUUUGCAAGUCUUCACUUGCUCAUUAUGUCCACUUUCCUAUACAUCUGAAAUUUACCUUCACAAACACAUCAAGAGAUGCCACUACGAGGAAUACCUGAGACGCCUGAACUCAGGAGAGAUUGUUGGCCUCCCAGUUAACACCUCUCAGGACCAACUCGAGAGAAACAACUACCAUUGUUCUUUUUGUGGGAAGGGUUUUACUUAUCAGAGUGCUCUUCAAAGACACCAGCGCUUUCACACAGGUGAGAGGCCAUACAAGUGCGCGCAGUGUGGAAAGAGCUUUACUCUACCGGGUGGUCUCCAACUACACCAACGCAUUCACACAGGAGAGAAACCGUAUGAGUGCCCACAGUGUGGUAAGAGCUUUAGUGAGAAAGCAGCUCUUCGACGACACCAGCGCAUUCACACCGGAGAGAAACCGUAUCCCUGCUUACAGUGCGGGAAAAGUUUUACUGAGAAAGCAGCUCUACAAAGACACCAGCGCAUUCACACUGGAGAGAAACCGUAUCACUGCCUGCAGUGCGGAAAGAGUUUUAAUCAACAGAGUCAUCUCGAAAAGCACCAGCGCAUUCACACUGGAGAGAAGCCAUAUCACUGUUUACAGUGCGGCAAGAGCUUUAGUCAGCUGAGUAAUCUCAGAAAACACCAGCGCACUCACUCAGGACAGAAGCCGUAUCACUGCUCAGAAUGUGGAAGGAAUUUUACUCAACAGUGCAAUCUCCAAAAACACCAGCGCAUUCACACGGGAGAGAAACCCUAUCACUGCUCACAGUGUGGGAAGAAUUUUAGUGACCGGUGUAAUCUCCAAAUACACCAGCGUAUUCACACGGGAGAGAAACCGUAUCACUGCUUGCAGUGUGGGAAGAGUUUUAAUCAGCAGAGUAAUCUCCAAAAGCAUCAGCACAUUCACACGGGAGAGAAACCCUAUCACUGCUCAGACUGUGGAAAGCGCUUUACUCAGCAGAGUAAUCUCCAAAAACACCAGCGCAUUCACACGGGAGAGAAGCCGUAUUACUGCGCGCAGUGUGGAAAAAGUUUUAAUCAACAGAGUAAUCUCCAAAAACACCAGCGUGUUCACUCAGGAGAAAAACCGUAUCGCUGCUCAGAGUGUGGAAAGAGUUUUAGUGACCGGUGUAAUCUCCAAACACACCAGCGCACAACCCACAGAUAACGUGAUAAUUCUUUCUGAACAGUUUUUUUUCCUUGCAUGUUUUUCUGAAGCCCUGCAACUGACUUGUCACAUCUUGUGAAAUAUACAGUUAAAAUCUCACAAUUUAGCAACUGCUGAUUGGUAGUAGCAUUAAUGACGACAUUCUGUCAUUGUUUUAUAAAAUUCCCAUCUCUUUUUUUUUUCUAUGAUCUCAUUCCCUCUGUUCAAUGGCUUCAGCCCCGCCAUCUCUCGAAGGAUUGCAGCUCCUUUGUGCAUUGUACAUCUCAGCAGGUUAGUCACUCUGUGAUCACAGCCCCUUGGUGUAUAAUAAGGAUUACGGCUUCAUGGUCUCCAGAAGAUUGCAGCCCCUCGGUCACUCUAGGACUGCAGCCUUUUAGGUCUGAGGAUAACAGCUCCUUGGUUACUUAAGGAUUGGGUCCCCUUAGUCACUUUAUCACAGUGCUUCAGUAACUCUAGGAUCAUAGCCCCUCACUCACUCUAGGACUGCAGCAAUUCAGUCUGUCAAGGAUUGUGGCCCCUCAUUCACUGGUCUUGACUGUGUGUUAAAGAUAGCUUAAUAUAUUUAUUACUCAGUUUUUUGUUUUGAACCACUGUAAGUAGGAUGGUACAUACUUGCUAAAAUGUGUAAUAGUUUGUUUUUGAAUAAACAAGUUUCCGUACUUUAUGCUUUA